AUGGGUGGGUCUCGCUCGUCAUCCCACGUGGACAACGUGCCGACCGUUCCACUCGGAACACCACGAAUGGAAAACACUGCACUAGAAAAAGUGGGCAAUGUAACAAAAGUCUAUGAAGAGAAGCAAAAGAUGGUUCACAAGGGUUGUUUGCCAGCAUUGAACGACGAGAAUCACGGACACAAGCAAAAGCACAAAGUGCAUCAAGUGCAAAGAAAUGGUGGAUGCAUCACCGUGUUUCUCAGUCAGGAGGAGUAA